GGUGUCCUCCGGGUAUGUCUUCGGAGACGUGGUGGAGGCGGUGUCAACACCGGAUGGUGAUGUCACUGUCUCGGGGGUGUACAGCACCGUGAUGUUCACCUUGUCGGACGAUUAUCCCUACGCCUGCAAGUGCGUCCAGAGGUCAGCGUCCGACACCAAAGUGGGAUACUGCAAGGGAGACACGGCCAUGCCUUGCUACCUCGUCAACUCAGGAUCUCGCAGCAUUGCCGGCGUCGGUGCUUUGCUCGCCGUGGUGGCCCAGGCGGUCUGGCUCUGA